AUCGUAUUUACAUCGCCAGUGCGAUUUAGUUCAAGAUUCAUUCAGUUUAGAGAUUACAACUUGCCGUGCAUCGAUCGAGUUGGGAGAAACCCUCAGUCGUCACGAUGAGCUGUUUGGUGAUUGUAGCGUCAGCGUUGCUGAUCUUUAGUGCUGUUGAUCUUGGUGAAAGCAAGCUGUCCCCAAUUCAGGUGUUCAACGAUGACCUGGCUACGGCAAUGAUGCCCAACGAGCGAGAAUCUCUGGACGAUUGUCACCUGCGGUACUACAAGUACGGACUGCGAGACUACGCGGGUGGCCCGAUAUUCAGCGAACCAAAGAGGGCUUCCACCGAGUUUGCUCAUCUGGCCGCAAUCGGCCAAACCCAGCGCGAUGGCGUCAGCUGGAUCUGCGCAGGAACGCUGAUUUGGGAGAACUAUGUGCUGACCUCUGCUCGCUGUACCAGUGAAGUUGGGCCCAAUGUGGUGCGACUGGGUGAUGCCGGGCAGGUUGGGAUAGCCGAAAUAAUUGUGCACCCCUCGUUCAACCGGGAAUUCCCAGCUUAUCACGAUGUUGCACUGCUGAGACUGGAGCAAAAUGUCACGUUUUCACCAACAACUGCUCCAGCUUGUCUGUGGAAAGAUGAAAACGUCCCAUUUCCCACCAUGGAAGCUGUUGGCUGGGCAAACCUCGAUGAUCUGACUCCAUCAAAAGUUACGCUAAGACAAUUAGGAGGAACAUCCGCGUGCAACCGAGCUCCACCUAGCGGCGUCGGCGAACAAGCUAGGGAUCAGACGCUCUGCGCAAGUCGUGCCACCUUGAACGAGUGUCCGGCAGGUUUGGGAGCCCCCCUGCACAAGAAGCUGCUUCACAACGGGAAAAUGACGCCCUUCCUGGUUGGGAUCGCUUCGUUCGAUUCUUCGUGUGAAGCGGCAAAUCCUGCCGUGUAUGCCAGGAUGUCGUAUUUCUACAGCUGGAUUGAGAACACGAUAGACGAGAAGGAGCCCAGUUUUCGAGAAUGGCGAAUGAACCCUGUCGGAUGUGCGUUCCUUAGGUCUUACCUGCGCAAUCAGGAUACUGAAGUAGUUGUUGGAGAGACAAAUGACUCACAGACGCUUGAUGUCAGUAGAGCACUCGUCAGUUAUGCCAGCAAUGAGUUCAACCAUGUGGUAGGAAUUUACUGGCAGAACUACCCGUACCGUCGUGAAAACUGCACCGGAACCCUCAUUUCGGAUGACACUGUUCUAGUACUAGCGGAAUGCACUUCUAACUUUGGAGUGGCUGCCACGCAUGUCUACAUCGGAUGGUUGCUGACUACGGAAAACUACCCAAUUUCCGAGACCAUCAUUCAUCCGGAGUACGUAGAGGGGUCACCGUACAACAACAUUGCCGUCUUGAAGCUGGGUAAACGCGUCAAGUUCUCCACGAUUGUUCGACCGGCUUGCAUCUGGACCUCGCCAGAGAUUCCGCCCAGUCAGGUGGACGUACUAGGCCGUGGCCGUCAGGAUAUCAACUUCUUCGUACGGGACGAACAGUUUGACUCAUUUUGGCCCAUGGAUGCCAACUUGACCGCUCGACACAAUGUCAACUCCGUCAGUAACUGCUCCCUAACAUCGGAAAGCCGACGCAAACUUAACCGCGGACUUGCCGAAGAGCUUCUCUGCACGCGAAAUCCCAACUUCUUGGUUCCCGAGUCGUGUCGAAUACUUCCGGGGGCUCCGGUGCAGCUUUCGAUCGUACGAAACGAUCGAUACUUCCACUAUGCGCUAGCUUUGAGCCAGUUUGGAUCCAACUGCGGAUUCGGAGAGUCCACGAUAUCAACGCGUCUUGCUCCGCACAUCAACUGGCUGCAGACCACUUUGCUGCCAAACUUUCGCGAUGAAGCUGCCGCUGUUCAGUACGUCAAUCCGGACUGGGCCGAAGGCGAACCGUGCACGUAUGACUUUGAGGACGAAAUUGAAGGAGUCUGUACUCAGUAUCUCAAGUGUCCCAAGGUUUGGAACGACUUCUGUUAUAUUAUGUUACGGUUUUCAUGAACAUCCCACGUCACGCCUUUCGUGGACGCUUCCCUUCUCCAACUGUCAUUCAUCUUUCCUGUCUCUCUCUUUCUAUUCAUUCAUUCUUGUCGCGAGUACGGACCUGAAAGGACGUGUCUGAAUAAAGUCGAGUUGU